CUCCUUUCUCUCUGUGGGGUCGCCUCUAAACCUACUGUGAGCUCUCCGAUGACUUCUGAAAUGGCGUUUCAAAAAUACUCCGCCACCUCUAAACGGAGCAACUCUAAUGGUGACACGGUAGUCGCCGACGAGUCGACUCCCAAGACCCAAUUCGCUCUCCCUAAUCGCAAAACCGGUUCUUUGAGUUCUAAAGAUCGUCACACCAAAGUGAAUGGCCGUAGCCGUCGUGUUCGGAUGCCGGCGCUUUGUGCAGCUCGGAUCUUUCAACUGACUCUAGAACUCGGCCAUCGCUCCGAUGGUGAGACCAUCGAGUGGUUGCUCCGUCAAGCUGAGCCUUCUAUCAUAGCUGCCACCGGGUCCGGCACCGCUCCUGCAGCCCAUGAAAUCUCUUGUGCUUCCGGACCCAUUACCGCUUCUUCGCCUUCGGAAUCUUGUCAACUUCACCCGAGUGGGGUUGGUAGCGGCGGCGGCGUUGCGGGAAUGUAUGCCUUGACGGCACCACAGGCGCCGAGUUACCGGUUGGACAUGUGCCAACCUCUUGGGUUCCAGUAUUCAACUGCUGGAAGAAAUGGGUAUCAACACAUGCCAUUUACUGCAUUACUGUUGCAGCCGCCGUUGGCGGAGGUGGAGAAAGAGCAUCAGGAGGAGGAAGAAGAUAUUAGGAAUCAAGAGUAGAGAUCCCAAAGUAAAGCCAUUAGCUACAUAUAUAAUGUAUUAUCGGGUAGUAUUUUGAAUGGUAUCCUUUUGGUUGUAAAUAAAAUGCUGAAAAAGGAGAAAAAUGAACCCACCAUCGAU